AUGUCUCAGUACAAGACAGCAGCCAGAAACAUGAACUGCAUGAAGACGCAGUCGCCGACCCUCACGAUGGCGAGUAAUGACAGCGACCCUCUCCCACUCGGCUGGGAAGUCAAAAUAGACCCGCACACUGGAUGGCCUUUCUUUGUGGAUCAUAACAAUCGCACUACAACCUGGAAUGACCCGAGACACGACACCAAAAAGGUGCGAGAGCCAUCCUCAAACGGCCCUAGUGCAUCACCAGAACCCAUGCCUCAAGAAACUCAGAAAUCGCACAUCAGAGAAAUGAAGCACCCGAUCCUCCGCCCCGGCUACGUCCCCAUCCCAGUCUUCCACGAGGGGGCAGAGCUCGGACAGCAGCAACAGCCACAGCAGCAGCAUCAUCCAUGUUACUCCUUCAUCCAGCCAGGGCCCCCCCAGGGCACCCGCACCGACGGCCGCGCUCCCUCCCCAAGCCAGAGUCUCCACGGCCGGCCGAGGUCUCCGCUACACACCCCCUCAGACGGCUCCAUGAGUGAGAGAAGUGCAAAGUCCGACUCCCCUGUGUCAUACACGCCAGAGGUCCACAGUGUUCCACAUCACCAGCCCCCCAGACCGAGCAGCACUGGACUACAGGCCGGGUACAUCCCCAUCCCAGUGAUCCACGAGGGCAUCGGACCCCAGACCUCCCCCCAGCUCAACCCCUCUGUAUACUCCCAGCGCGUCCCGUACACAGAGCACCAGCAGCAGCAGCCUUUCCACCGCAUCCAGGCUGAAGAAUGGCCCGGCUACGCGUCCAGGGAGAGAGCUUCUCCGGUGACGUUCCAACAAGCUCCGUCCGUCAGCCACCCACUAAGCCACAUGAGGAGCCAGUCGCCGAUGUCUGUGACACAGCUGCAUGGAGACAGACCUCAGAUCCAACCUCACAUCCUUAUGAGAGAGUCCCCACAGAGGAUGGAGCAGGAGCCGCCAGCCCCCCAGCUCAAGCACGAGAACGUACAGUCUUUGCACACGGAAGUCGAAAAACCACAUCAACCUCAAGCUUACACGCCUUCACCACCUCUGCAACCUCCGCAACCCCAGCCACCGUCUCCACAAUUGGCCUCUCCUUCCCUAUCGCUACCCCCGCAACCCUACCCUGACCCAAUCCCCCCAAGACAAGAGCCUCCUCAGCAUACAGCAGACAUCAGCGUACAACUACCUUGCAAACCAGAAGUCCGAGACACUGUUACAACUCCUACCACCCCGACUCCUACUACCCCUACUCCUGCUACUGCUGAGGCCCCAAAAGCAGAACCGAAGCACCCUGGAUUAGCCAAAGUGGAGCAGAUCAUUGAGCGAGUAACCAAACUAGAACAAGAAGUGAAGUGUUUUGACGGCAAGAAGAAUGACAAGAGAUAUUUGCUUCUGGAGGAGCUGUUGACCAAAGAGUUGCUGGCCUUGGACUCUGUUGAUCCGGAGGGCCGCGUGGACGUGAGGCAAGCCAGGCGUGACGGAGUGAGACGGGUCCAGACCAUUUUGGAUUUUCUGGAGCAGAUGGAAGAGCAUACUACCACAGAUCUCACGCAAAAAGGAGAGCCCACCAUGAUCACAAAAGAAAAUGUAGAAAUGUCGAGAGAGAUUUCGUAA